ACACACAGUUCUCCUUAACCAGGGGAUAAUCAGUGUCCUGAUAAGUUUUUUUUUUUCAAGUUUUAUUUUGUAUUAUAGACAUCUUUGUUUUUUUUAAUUUUUAUUUUAUACUAGUUAUCAACAACAAAUUAUCAUGAAGACGUUCAUCGUUGUAGCAGCUGUCCUCGUUGCUGGUGCAAGUGCACAGGACUCUUUCAAAUGCCCUGAUGACUUUGGUUUCUAUCCCCAUCACAUAUCCUGCGACAAAUACUGGAAGUGUGAUAACAACGUGGCUGAGCUGAAGACUUGUGGCAAUGGUUUGGCAUUCGAUGCGUCGGACUCAAAAUUUCUGACGGAAAAUUGUGAUUAUAUUCACAAUGUCGAGUGCGGGGAGAGAUCGCAAUUGGAGCCGCCGAUUUCUACUCCGCAUUGCGAGCGUCUCUACGGAAUUUUCGCUGAUGACAAGAAGUGCGAUACGUUCUGGAAUUGCUGGAAUGGAGAAGCCUCCAGGUACCAAUGCAGUCCUGGAUUGGCGUACGAUCGUGAGGCACGGGUGUGCAUGUGGGCUGAUCAGGUGCCAGAGUGCAGAAAUGAAGAGGUUGCCGGAGGUUUCAGUUGUCCAGCAGCUGGUGAAGUAGCUGGUGCAUCAGGAAGUUUUUCACGUCACGCACAUCCAGACGACUGCAGAAAAUAUUACAUCUGCCUAGAAGGAAUAGCCCGCGAGUACGGAUGCCCAAUAGGUACAGUCUUCAAGAUCGGUGAUUCAGACGGCAGUGGUGCCUGCGAGGAUCCCGAGGACGUCCCCGGAUGUGAGGAUUACUACGGUGACCUGGACCUCAAGAGCAUCAGGAAGAGUGAACUCCUGGCUGGUAUUCAGGGCUCUGGAGAGUCAAGGAAUGUUGCCAAGCCCCAGGGCAAGCCCAGGCCAACGCCAGUGCCAAGACCCUCACCCAAUCAAGAAUAAAAAUCCCAAUCCAGAAAAGAAAAUAAUCAUUCAUCUCCCAAACGAGUCGAGAAUCGAUAAAACUGGAGUGCCAAAGCUGUGAAGAUUUAAUUAGAAAUGAUGAAAUAAACAAAUUCAUUCUCGACUCAAUUCCAUCCCCUCGUUUCCCCACCCUCAUUCCCAUCCCCCGCCCCUUCGAUCCCUCACACAUUAUUUUUAAUUUGACGAUAAAAAAUUUUCGUAAAAUAAAAUGACAAAAAGAAUAAAACUAAAAAAAUUAAACUCCUGGUGUUGCACUGCACUCUUUCCUAAUUCCUGAUUAUUAUUGUUUAAUCGCAUGAUUUGAUUGUGUUAAUGAUUAAAAUUGCAGAGGAAAUGUGAGUGGAGGGAAAAUGUAGGUCAAUGGGUCAUUUA